AUGUCAAUCGCAUUAUGGUUUUGUCCACAGCAAGGUAGUACUUACUAUGAGUUAUUAAAACAACUGAUAAUAUCGAUGCAAACUUUAUUUCCUUCGUCUAUACCUUUUGAACCUCACGUCACUAUCGCAACAAAUUUGAAAUGUGAAAAUAAGGAUGAUGUCAAUAAAAUUUUAACUUCCUGUGUUGCUGCUAUAAGGUCGAUUGAGAAACAAUUAAGAGAUGUACACACGCUACCAUUAGUAUCAUUUGACUCAUGCUCUAUAAAAAAACAAUAUUUUCAAAAAGUGAUAUUGAACUGCAAACCUAAUAAAUAUUUACUGGGCUUAGAAAAGAUCAUGACAGAAAUGUAUAGUUCCCAACCGUCAUUAAAUGAAGGUGAGCAAAAGAUAUUUAGGCCACAUGUUUCUUUAUUGUAUUCUGAUGUUACCCCUGUAAGCCAGGCUUAUGUACGUAUGAUAGAACAACGUAUAGAAGAUACUUUAGAUCUCAGACUUAAUACAGUUUCAAAUACGGGUCAGUUGACGCAGGACGAACAAGUUAAAUGGGAAUUCAGUAGAGAAUCACCACUAGGAUGGAACAUACCUGGUACUUUUAAGGUUGUCAAAUGUGAAGGUCCAGUAUAUGAGUGGGAAGUUUUGGGACGAACCGAUAUUUAG